AUGCGACGAAACAGUUAUCACCGUGACGACUUUUACGGAAAGCCGUGUUACCGGAUACGAGAAUCGAGAGAGCUCAUCCAGUGCCCCGUGGAGAGCUGCGAUGGCUCCGGUCACAUUUCAGGCAACUUCGCCACUCACCGCAGCCUGUCGGGUUGUCCGCGCGCCGACCGCUCGCAGCUCCAGCCUCAUUCCCAAGAACUCAAGUGUCCGACACCCGGCUGCGACGGAUCCGGUCACGUGACCGGCAAUUACUCUUCGCACCGAUCUCUCUCCGGCUGUCCUAGAGCUAAUAAGCCCAAAAGCAAGCCGAGAGACGGACAGGAUUCCGAGCCCCUUAGAUGCCCUAUACCGGGCUGUGACGGAUCUGGACAUGCUACAGGAAAAUUCUUAUCACAUCGAAGCGCUUCAGGUUGCCCGAUCGCCAAUCGCAAUAAAAUGCGAGUACUCGAGAGUGGAGGUACUGUGGAACAACAUAAAGCCGCAGUAGCAGCAGCAGCGUCAGCAAUAAAAUUUGACGGUGUAAAUUGCCCCACACCUGGAUGUGACGGAUCAGGACAUAUAAAUGGGUCUUUUCUAACCCACCGUUCACUCUCCGGGUGUCCGGUCGCUGGAGCUACGACACCUACACCACAACCAAAGAAACCAAAGUAUCCAGAUGAUAUCACUCCACUCUACCCUAAACCAUAUUCAGGUAUGGAUAUAAAUAUGCAGACUGGCGGUGGAGAAGAUCUGAUGACAUUAGAGCAAGAAAUAACUGAAUUGCAACGAGAAAAUGCUAAAGUCGAGUCACAAAUGAUGCGCUUGAAAUCUGAUAUUAAUGCAAUGGAAACUCAUCUAAGCCAAGGAGAAAGAGAGAACCAAAUGAUUAUGCAGAGGACGAGUAAUUUUAGCGAUUACUACGAAAGUCUGCGCAAUAACGUAAUAACGUUGUUGGAACAUGUCAAGAUUCCCGGUGGUGGAAACGCUCCGCCGACCACAGCUCCUGGCACUCCAGGUGCACCUCCACCACCAGGACCAGGCGUGAAACCCGCUCAUGAAAACUUCGACUCAUAUCUAACUAAAUUACAAACUCUCUGCUCUCCUGAUGGAUAUUGUCCAGAUGAAAACCGGCCCAUAUACGAAACAGUGAAAAACGCGCUUCAGGACUUUACAGUACUGCCAACACCUAUU